AUGGACGAGAAUGGAUCUCUCUAUGUCACUGACGUUGGAAAACAUGAAGUGAGACGAUAUCGAAGAGGAGAAUCUCAAGGAACAGUGGUUGCAGGUGGCAAUGGAAGUGGAAAUCGUCUCGAUCAACUCUCUUACCCACAAUACGUAUUCGUCGAUCGAGAUCAUUCAGUGUACGUGUCUGAAUGGGGAAAUCAUCGUGUGAUGAAAUGGAUGGAAGGUGCAAAACAAGGCAUUGUCGUGGCUGGUGAUCAAGGAGAAGGAAAUGGUCUUACACAAUUGUCAUAUCCUUAUGGAGUCGUUGUCGAUCAAGUGGGCACUGUCUAUGUGGCUGAUGGAGGGAAUGAUCGAAUCAUGCGUUGGCCCAAAGGAGCCACACAGGGAAGUGUCAUUGUUGGUGGAAACGGUGAAGGAGAACAGUCGAACAAACUCAAUGGACCCAUCGGUUUGUCAUUCGAUCGGCACGGCAAUCUCUAUAUCGUCGAUUGGCGGAAAUCGUCGAGUAUAAAAGCUCGAAUCGAUUGAAAUUCAUAAGAGUUAUCGAAAUGUAUUAUUUUACCUAGAACUUCCAAUCGAAUAAAUAAAUGGAUCCAAAUUAUGAUGAAGUAGUGUGUAAUCUGGUUUCAUCCAAUAAUCGAAGUGAAUAUCGGUUGAAUGAUGAUUGUUAUUGAAUGUAGAUGAGAACAGUUGCGUCUUAUUUACUAUUUAGAUGUUGGUUGGAAUGUAUAGUGCAAAGAUUAACUUGAAUCGACAAAUUUGAAGAAAGAGAAAAUUAUUUGAAAUCAUGAAAUGCGUUUAAACGAGCAACACGGUAAUAAAAUAGUGUCAUCCAAUGUUAGGAGCCAUCCUUUGUCAUCCCUAACAGUUUUGUUUUCGUUCGCUUGUCAUCGAUGCAUUGUCAUAACUUAUACACGUUUCUGUGUUCCUCUGUUUGCCAGCUAUUGUUUUUUCUAUCUGUAAUUCAAAUAAACAAUCGAUUAGGAGCGCAGAAUCUAAUAUCCACUACUGAGAUUGGAAGAAAGGCAAUGAAAACAGCGACAAGAGAAAAAGUGUAACCCGUAACUGAGUCAUAAUGUGGAACUUUCAAUUUUUUACUAUUAUCAGUUCAAAAUAAAAGUAUUUCUGUUAAUGUAUAGUUAGGAUAGAGCACCUGUCAAUGUUGCUGUGUGAGAAUGUUUGAAAGACGGGUCUUAAGGAAUGUUUAAGUGUAGAAUUAGAAAGAUGUCGUCGAUUUUAUUUGAGUAAGUGAAGAAGAAAAAAAAUCCAAAAUCAUUCGAAAGAUAAAACCAGGAGAUAUCGUUCUUAUAUGUGAGAAUCACUUUUGAUGCAUGUACAAUGUUCACUAAUAAAGGAAUUAAGUUAAUCGCUGGUGAACGUUAUUUCUAGUAUAUCCUCGAGAAUGUUCAGCUUUCCGGGCGUUUUCUAGUCGACUUACUGUCCCUAUAGGGAGUUCGAUGUCUUGAUAUUAAGUUAAAAUAAACGGCAUAAGAUAACAAGAAAGCUGAAUUUGCACUGAAAUAUUUCUCUGAAAAAUCUUGGAGAGACUUCUCGUAUAGUUUUAUUUUAUCAUGAGUUAACAGAGUUAAACGUCGCUUGGUCACAGAGAUCAUCUCAUGAUUUACUGCUUGUUUGCUUUUCAACUGCAACAAAUGAAUUGUCAUAAAAUAUUAAAAUUAGACAAAUUAGAAUGUUGAGAAGUCAUCAGAAAAAACGUCAAGAGUCAGAAUAGUUCUGAUCAAUUCAGCAGAUUUAACCAUCCUCCCUCUAUUAUUUUGAAAAAGCUACCGUGCGAUUCAAAAGCAUUUCCACUAAUCUGCGCUAAUGCAGAUGAUAGAAGAAAGCUAGAAGAACAUUCUGUCAAAGUUUGAUUGAGUUUCAGUUUACAGUGUUGAAUGGGGGACUCAUUUUAUUAAACAUAGUUGUGAAAAAAAUUACCACAGAAAAAAAUUAAUUUUCUUUUAUUAAGUCUGAAGCUUAAAAUAAGACACAUGUUGAAUAGCGAAUAGUAAGUGAUGUGCAGAUUCAGAAUAUAAGAUGAAUUUGUUUAUGAGUUUGUUAAUUUUUUUAAACAUAACUUGCCAUAAUAUUACUGACCAGUACGCUAUGAUAAACAAUGUGACAGAUAAUCAGUUGUUAUAGAGCAUGACGGAGAUAGCUCCUCUGAUCAAUUUAGAUAUUUCGUCGAUUUUUUUCUGAUUCCCUGCCUUUUGACAAAAGGAAACCAUUUGGUAUCGACGAAUAACUUUUAUCUUUUAAACUGUACCUAUUUUUUGUUUCUCUAAGCAUAAUAUAAAUAGAACUUUGGGUUCGAAGUGAAAAAUCUACUCCAAUGCCGAUUUUCGUUAUGUCAUCUUCAUCAUGAACCAUGAUAUCUUCUCGUUUAGUCAAAACAACUUCAAUCAGAUAUACCAUUUUAGAAUGACGUGUACGCUACUCUUAGAAGCACCAUUUCAGAGAUACGUUCAACCUUUUUCGGACACUGAAGCUGAAUAGAAGUGCAUCAGUUUGAGUUCGAAAUUCGUCUAAAUAUUAUUUCAAAGAAAAUAGUACCUGCGAAACAAAAUCGAUUUUUUUUUCAACAAUGUACGAGUUUCAAUGAGAACAAAGCGAGAACAAUUGAAAUAAUCAUUCAGGUAUCAUUUUUCAACAUGUAAAUGGUGAGGAAUAUUUUUUGUUAUUUUAUAAAUAACAAUACAUCAUCACGUAGUUUUACAAAGGAAAUUGGAUCGGUGAAUAUUAUUGUAGUUUCUAAGAUUCGAACUGAACUCCUAUGUGCUUUGUUUGGUGAAAAAUUAUCCGUCUUCAUAUAUUGAGACCUGAUGAUCACAAUUCUUCUGUUCAAGAACCUUCAUAUCAAACUUGUAGGACAAUUCAAAUUGAAAAGAAAAGAACCAGAGCAUGGAUACAAGCAGACAUAUUUUUUUAACGAAAUUCUAAGCAAAUAUUUUAUUUUCAUUCCCUCUCUUUUAUCGUUUGUUUCUGAUCGAUGAAAAAUAUUGAAUAGUGCAGAUCUCUCACUUUAGACAUUAUUGUCAUUAUUUGAUUUCAAGCAACAGUGAGAAGUACAUUUUCUGUUGUUGCACUAUUCACUGUCCAUUUCAAGUCCUCAUGUGAGAUGUUUGAUUUAGUGGGCUAAUUUGCAACAAUAUGCUAGUAGGAAGUUUAAAUUAAGUUAAUCGUGAAUAUUCGUUGUGUCGCCCGUGUGAUCAGAUUCCAUUCACUAAAAAAAGAUCAAAACGUAAUGGACUGACUUAGAAAACAAUUUAUGAAUUUACUGUAGUACUUUUCGCUUAGCUACCAAUAAAUAUCACUUUGUGAUUGGGAAUUUCUGGAAAAUAAACUGUAUAGGCGGGACUAAUAAAUCUUGUAAGUGAAAUUUUGUUAUUUACUUGAUCAAGUUGACUACAUGCGACAAUACUGCCUUGUUUUCUCUGUUGGACACAUAGACAAAGCUUGUUUUUGUUUUAUUUUCACUCACACAGCCA